AUGCUUAUCCUGCUUGGUGUGACACUCAAGGUCACCCGGGUCUGGACCAAUCACGGGGUUACGCGAACGCGCAAUGAGAAGCUCAGCCGAUGUUGCAGUUGCGUUAGCGAUGGACAAAACACUGGUGAAAAAUGGAUAGUCGCAUCCUGUGUGAUAAGAAGUUGGGUCUCGUGCAUUCAAACGGAUACCGGUGAGCCCGAGACCAUCUAUGCAGUCCAUCAUACAAUACUGUCAAUAAUGUGCAAACUCGAGUGGUUCCGCCGAAGAAAAAAAUCCACGUCCACGGGCCGAACAGUUUUUGCUAAUCAGGGCCCAGCAUGCUUGCUGAAUGAUGGAGAGGAAAUGGAACAAUUUUGCUCAAAUGCUAUCAUUUCGGCCCGUUAUACCUGGUUAAAUUUUGUUCCCAAAAAUUUGUUCGAACAAUUUCAUAACAUGGCGAACAUUUUCUUUGCCACAAUCACAGUUCCAUAUGCAUUUGCGGAAGCAGCAACAAGUGUUUGGUCAAAUUUAGGACCACUGAUAGCCAUACUCGUCAUGACCAUGAUAAAAGAUGGAAUCGAAGAUAUUCUGCGUCACCGUCGGGAUCGCAAAGUCAACCACCGUCUUGUUCAAACACUAAAGGUGAAUCCUGCUGGUACGACUCCAGAGUGGGUCGUAAAACGGGCAAUGAAUUUACGCGUUGGCGACGUGAUUUGCUGUGAGCGGGAUCAGUCAUUUCCGUGUGACCUGGUCGUGCUUGCGUCAAGUAAUACAUCCACUGAGAUAAAUGUGACUACUACUAAUUUGGAUGGAGAGUCCAAUAUUAAAAAGUAUUACGCGGUUUCCAGUACGCAGCCAGCUUACUUAAAGCUUGCUCCCGACAGAUUCCAUAAAAUGAUAACCAAUAGUUCGCACCCGCUUCAUAAGAUGAUCAAAUCCUUGUAUGUUCGAGUGGAGUGCGAACAACCGAAUGCAGACCUCACGAAGUUUGAAGGCCGACUUUCAACCAAGUACGUAAAAGACAUUCCAUUGAGCACGUCUAAUGUAGCUCUUCGUGGUGCGAAACUACGCAAUACCGACUUCGUGCUUGGUAUGGUUGUCUACACUGGUGAAGAGACAAAACUGUCACUAAACGGAAAAAAAUCAGCACGCAAAUAUACUACCCGUGAGUCCAGAUCAAAUGUUAUUCUCCUAUCGUUCAUUGUUUCUAUGGUUUUGUUGGCUGUGAUAUUUGCAACCGUGUUUACUCUCUGGACAGGAAAAACAAAGAACACAAUAUGGUACAUACCAACCUCGCCGCAAACCUCAUGGCAGUUCAUACAAAACCUUUUUCGAUUUGUAUUCAUCCUAAACUACCUGAUUCCCAUAUCAAUCGUGAUCACAAUUGAACUGCAACAACUUUUGCUUGCCUUCUUAAUUUCCCAAGAUAUGAAAAUGUAUUUGGAGUCAGAGGACUUGUGUGCCAAGGCAAACAGCUCUCAGCUGGCUGAUGAGCUGGGACAAGUCGAAUUCCUUUUCAGCGAUAAAACCGGAACGUUGACACUAAAUUCAAUGCGUUUGUGUCUAUGUGGCAUCCUUGAAUCGGAGAAAGUCUAUACUUUUCGGCCACUCAGUGCAACAUCAAGCAACACGUCUACCGACUUCUGUGCAUUCGAGACUGUGUGGGAUCGAGAAUCGAAUAGCAGUCAAAGUGACACAUCGGAUAGUUUUCCGAAUAAAUCCACCAUCCACAGGCAAUGGCUUAUUCCAGACGCAAAUGAUACCCUCUUGCAGGAAUUUUUAACAACCUCUGCACUGUGUCACACGCUUGAUGUAGCUAACACGGAAAUUGAUGGUGAAUACCAAAAUGGACGGAAUGAGAUAAGCCUCCGCCAGCUUCCCAUUUACGAAGGGCCGCAAAUUUUGUUGAGUGAUGGUGAGCAAAUGGGUACUUUUUGCUCGAACGCCAUCAUUACAGCUCGAUACAACUGGAUCAACUUCAUACCGAAAAAUUUACUCGAACAAUUUCACAACAUGGCCAAUAUCUUUUUCGCUGUAAUUCUCAUUCCCUAUGGAUUUGCCGUUGCUGCUACAAGCGCCUGGUCGAAUUUAGGACCAUUGAUUGCCCUACUUGCCAUGAUCAUGAUCAAAGACGGUGUCGAGGAUAUUUUUCGUCAUCGCCGGGAUCGUCGACUGAAUCACAAGGCUUUCAAAAAACUCGAGGUGGAUUCUACUGGUACAACGCUCCAAUGGGUGAUUAACCGCGCAAUGGAUUUGCGCGUUGGUGAUGUGAUCUGCUGUGAGAGGGAUGAUGCCUUUCCGUGUGACCUUGUGGCCCUCGCGUCGAGUAACGUAUCGACCGAGAUAAAUGUGACCACCGCAAAUUUGGAUGGAGAAAGUAACUGGAAAAAGUUUUACGCCGUCUCUGACACUCAUUCUGCCUACAUCAAGGUUGCGCCCAACCAACUUCAUAACCAACCAAGUCAAUUUACUGAUAUAUCCCGGGAAAUGAUUGAAACCCUGUACGUCCGAGUGGACUGUGAACAACCUACAGCUGAUUUGACAACGUUUGAAGGUCGUCUUUCAACGAAGCGUGUAUGCGAUAUUCCUUUAAGCGUAUCAAACGUGGUGUUGCGUGGCGCGAAACUUCAGAACACUGACUUUAUGAUUGGGCUGGUAAUUUACACUGGCAAGGACACCAAAUUGUCGUUAAACGGGAAACAGUUUAAACGAAAGUUCAGUAGGAGUGCAGCCAGAUCAAAUUUCCUCAUCUUCUCACUGAUUAUCGGCAUGAUCGUGUUUUCCGUGGUCUUUGCCGUUAUAUUCACUUUUUGGACACGAAAGACGAUGGAUGGGACGUGGUAUCUACCAAAGCCUCGUGAAACCCCGUGGGAGUUUGUUCUAAAUGUGUUCCGUUUUGUGUUCAUCUUUAGUUACCUGAUCCCAAUAUCUAUCGUCAUCACAGUCGAACUGCAACAGUUAAUGAUUGCCUACCUAAUUUCAAGCGAUGUGAAAAUGUAUGAGGAAUCUGAAGAUUUAUGUGCAAAAGCAAAUAGUGCUCAGGUUGCGGACGAACUGGGACAGGUGGAAUUUCUCUUCAGUGAUAAGACUGGGACAAUGACAAAGAAUUCAAUGCGUAUGUGUUUGUGCGGUUUGUUGGACUCUAAAAAAGUCUACACAUUCCGGACCUGGACUUCAGACGUAAGCACUGGGUCCGCGAAAACUGGUCCUAGUGAGGCCGGCUGGAAUGAGUUGUCGCAUUAUGAAGCGGAUAGUCAGGACGGUGAAUUGAAUUUGUAUGGGCAGGCUUCUUCUGGAAUAAAUAAUAAAGAUCGCCUCAUUCCGGAUGCCAAUGAUCCUUUUCUGAAAGAGGCUUUAACGAUUUCUGCGUUGUGUCACACGGCUGACAUAGGCCAUGAACAGGUCACUGACAAAAGUAAAAAUUCAGUGGGCGGGAACUUCUCACAUCUGAUACCCAACUAUGAAAUGAAGGAUUUGAAUACAUGCCACCAACUAAAAGGACCAUUGCUUGCCCUACUCACCAUGACCAUGAUUAAAGAUGGUGUCGAGGAUAUUCUGCGUCACCGCCGAGAUCGCCAACUGAAUCACCGUCUAGUUCAACUCCUCGAAGUGGAUUCUUCUGGUACAAAUCUGCAUUGGGUCAUAAAAAGAGCAAUGGAUGUGCGUGUCGGGGAUGUCAUUUGCUGUGAGCGGGAUGAGGCUUUCCCGUGUGAUGUCAUCAUCCUGGCGUCGAGUAAUACAUCCGGUGUGAUAAAUCUGACUACUGCAAAUUUGGAUGGCGAGACCAAUGUCAAAAAGUUUUACGCUGUCUCUAGCACACAACCCCACUACAUCAAGGUUGCUCCUAAUGGACUGAAUAGAUGUAUACGUCAUUGUCCUAAUACGCCCCUAGAAUUGAUCAAACCACUGUACGUCCGAGUGGAAUGCGAACAACCUGCAGCUGAUCUGACAAAGUUUGAAGGUCGACUCUCGACCAAAUUUGUACAAGACAUUCCUUUGAAUGCAUCUAACCUGGCACUUAGAGGUGCGAAACUACGGAACACAGACUUCUUGCUUGGUUUGGUUGUAUAUACGGGCGGAGAUACCAAACUGUCAUUAAAUGGGAAACAAGUAAAGCGUAAAUACAGCACCAGAUCAUCUAAAUCAAACACUAUCAUCGUCGUAUUCAUUAUUGCCAUGGUAUUCCUGUCGGUGUGCUUCGCGAUUUCAUUCACAUUUUGGACACGGUUAUCAAAGGAUACAAUGUGGCAAGUACCGACUUCAUUUGAAACCCGCUGGGAAUUUGUACUAAGUGUUUUCCGUUUUGUGUUCAUUCUGAGUUGCCUCAUCCCAAUAUCCAUCGUCAUCACAAUCGAAGUGCAACAACUCAUAAUGGCCUACUUGAUCUCCCAAGAUUUGAACAUGUAUCUUCCUAGUGAAGACUUGUGUGCAAAAGCGAAUAGUGCUCAGAUGGCUGACGAACUGGGGCAAGUGGAAUUUCUCUUUAGUGACAAAACUGGAACACUGACACGGAAUUCAAUGUGUAUGCGUUUGUGUGGUUUGUUGGAGUCCGGGAUUGUGUAUACGUUCCCGUCAUUGAAUGCAGACGUCAACAGAAAGUUUGCUAGGAUGCGUGUGUCUAACGAACUUCAGUCGUCGAACGAUCCCAGUGCCUCACCGGAAAGACAUCAGCACAUAUUCGAAGGAACGGGGAAGAUGGAUCGAAACUAUCCUGAUGAGAGCGACUAUAUUUUGAUGGACUAUUUAACAAUGUCCGCGUUGUGCCACACUGUUACUUGCGCACAUACUACUGAUGAGAAUGUGGAUGCAGCAGGGGUUGUACUACGUCGUAAGAUACCCGCUUAUGAAGCAUCUUCACCCGAUGAAAAAGCUCUUGUUGAAGGUGCUGCCCAAAACGGAGUUGUAUUCGUUGGCGUGGAGCCCGUUGAAGAUUCAAUUUCGACCAAACGGUACAAAAUUGAGUACAGGAAUGGUGGCUCAACAAACGACAAUGCUGCUGAGCAGAAAUGCUACCUGGUCGACGCCGUUCUGGAGUUUACUUCGGAACGGAAACGAAUGACUGUAAUGGUUCGUUAUCCGGACGGUACCUAUCACAUACACAGCAAAGGUGCCGAAAGUACGAUGCUCACACCUGAGAACUGUCCAGCAACUUCAGGAGGUCUACGCACGCAGGCCAUAAAAUAUGUGACGGAUUUUGCAGUGGAGGGUUACAGAACGUUGGUCUUUUCCAGUCGACAGUUGGAAGAGGCGGAGUAUAGAACACUUUUGACCGACUUGCACAAAGCAUCGGGAUUAGUUGGCAGUGAACGGGCCACAGCGAUGCAAAAUGCCUAUGCUGCAAUCGAGACCAACCUUUCCCCCAAAUUCGUCACAGCCGUGGAGGAUCAACUGCAACCUGGCGUCAAAGAAUGUUUGAAAAACUUACGUGAGGCCGGAAUACAAGUCUGGAUCUUAACAGGGGACAAGGAAGAGACGGCCAUCACAGUGAGUCAGGCUGCAGGACACUUCACCCAACAGAUGAGUUUGCUACGUCUAACACACUGUCCCGACUUUGAAACAGCCGCCUGCAUGGUAUUUGAACAGCUAGAAGGUUUGCAGUCACGUACGGAUGAACGCCGACUCAGUCGUGGGAAGGCGCUGACUAGCCACACGGAAAAGUUUUAUCCCCAGAUAACUGCCACAGCUGAGGAAGUAGACGAUGCUCUGUAUGCAGUCGCUGAAGAAGUCCUUAGUAGUGAAGGUGAAAACGCUUCAAAAAUCAAUCGCAUUAAAAAUCUACAAAGAAAGAUGUUAUCGCUAACUCGAACAAAAAUUACCUCAAGAACGCACCGGAGAAAACACCGUCGAAGACCAGGUUGUGGAGGAGAACCGAUUGGUUUGGUGAUUGAUGGGAAAACACUUAGUUUCAUGCUCCAACCAUCCCUUCGCGAGGCGUUCCUCGAUCUAUGCAUGAAUGUGACAACAGUUUUGUGCUGCCGAAUGACACCCUUACAAAAGGCCUCCAUUGUGCAGCUCGUUCAGUUUGGGCUUUCGGUGAAUUCUAUAGGGGGUGGUGGACCACCUGUCACAGCGGCUGUUGGAGACGGCGGUAAUGACGUCGCCAUGAUUCUUCAGGCAAGCGUUGGUGUGGGCAUCUAUGGGAAGGAGGGGUUAGAAGCAGCGCGCGCAGCAGACUACAGUAUUCCACAAUUUAGACACCUGACCCGAUUGUUUUUACUGCACGGUCACUGGUCCUACCACCGCAUCAGCUUUACAAUGAAUCUGUUCUACUUCAAGUGUACUGCCCUGGUCACAACCCAAAUCAUGUUGAAUUUCUACGGCGGUUUUUCGCAGACCGUGAGCUACAGCAGCCUGAUGUUUGCCUUGUUCAACUUGACAAUGACCUCCCUCACCUGUCUGCUAUAUGGCAUCUUUGAACAGCAUUUACCCGAGAAUGCUCUUCUGGCAAGGCCAUAUCUUUACCGUUUGAUUUCCCAACAAGCCAAUCUCAAAUUAUGGUACGUCAUGAUAUGGAUAGUCGAAGGUGUGUGGCAUGGAAUUAUCACUUUCAUCAUGACCUUUUUCGCCCUCGGUGGCGGCUUCUAUGCGCCGGCCUCAUUCUAUGACAGUGGACUCAGCAGUCGUGCCACUUACGACCUUUAUUUCCUUGGCAUUGCAAACUUUAUAUUCUUGUGGAUAAGUGUGUCUGUCCGAAUCCUCACCUUGUCACGAUGCAUCAAUACCGGAGUGCUCAUCGGCUACGGGAUCACUCUUAUCAAUAUUGUCUUAUUCUACCCCGACCAGCCGGCAGCCUUCGUUGGAUUGUUUCUCAGUCCAGCUUUUUGGUUCACUCUCAUCCUGACUGUAGUCCUGGCCAAUAUGCCUGGUCUAAUAUGGCGCAUCCUGUCGGACGCGUGGUGGACUGUUCAGAUUGAGCUGAGUAAAAUAUCGAGCAAGCGGAUGCGUCAUAAGUUACUGAGAAGCUUCAGGGUUUGGCUCAGUGCGAUUAUCUGGGGCGAUCGUGAUUUGACGACCUCGGACAUCAAGGAGGACGAGUGAGGCAAGCGCUCCACAUGGAUCAGAUAGCGCCACUGCAGUUUAUUCUUUCCUAACAUGACGGAACUAUUCAAUAUUCCUGCAGUCAUGUAAAACAUGCAUACGACUACUGUGAUACAUGUGUGUAUGUGUCUAUUUAUCGGCGAACUGUACGUCAAGAGCAAGAUUUGUAUUCCUCAGUUAUUUUUAUUCGCUGAUUAAACGGUA